AACUACUGCGAGGAGGAAAUUCUCCGACUGUCUCAUAUCCAAGAUGUUUUUUCUGAUCCUGUUGGAUGCGGAUUGCUCCGGCCGCAUGCUGGCUACUAUCCUGGUCGCAUGGGUGACAACAGCGAUGAUAGCCUCGAUAUUACUGCAAUGGGAGCACAUGUGGGUUGUUUUGGUAAUAUUGACGCUACUUUUCUUCCUGGUUUGCGGAUAUACCGUUUACACCGUGAAAAGAACUCACGCGAGAAUUCUGAUCGAGCAACAAAGAGCGGCGAUUCGGACUAUCUCGGACAUUACUGCCAAUCGCAGACAGGCAGGAUCGUCAGCAUAUGCGGUGCAUUCUCCUCCAGAUUUACCACCGUCUUACGCAUCUGUGAUGACUGUUCAGGGAACAUCGAGGUCUACUCAGAUGUCAACGACCAUCAACCCAUCCAGCGAGGACAAAUUCGAGAAUCCUCCACCGUAUUCCAUCGUAAUCGCAUCUAUAAAUGCGGCGCAAGAGCAAAACGUGGAAAUGUCAAGAGAACGGCACGUACCGUCCGUAUCCACAAAAAAAAACCAAGUUUUAACUACUUCUACCCUCGCCUCCGCGUCUCAAAUGUACCCGCAACCGAGAUGAUUUAUAAUUAAUUAAAUUAAUCGUGUAGAAGAUGUAAAUGGGAUUCACAUUGAAAAAUACUGAAUCGUACGAAAGAUGAGUGAAUGAAUGAAUUUUUGAUAUGAUCACAAUUGAAAUUUUUUGUCAAUAAAACUAUUGUUAUCGUCAAGAUAUCAUUGAUAAUAAGAACUUCAAUGAGGAAAGUAACCGAUUAGAAUUUUGUACGAUGGAACAAAAGUUGCGCGUUUAUCGUGGCUAAAAAAAAAAAUCGCAACGUAUAUCUGUUUAGCUUAGAAAAUUGUAUUUCUAUCCGUGAUAUUUCCUCG